CGACAGUCUGUUCGGACGUAAUCACUAUGGUUAAUCAGAUCGCCUCCCUAUCUUUUUCAGUGGAGAACAAUGGAGUCAAGGAAGGAGCUGCAAAUUUCGAAAAGGCCAUUAAACUAUGCAGGUAUGGAAAAUUUCACUAUGGCAUCCUGUUUCUUUGCGGAGCAAUGUUCCUUUGCGUUGGUUGUCAGAACGGAAUAAACGCGUAUAUAUUACCAUCCGCAGAAUGUGAUCUCAAUUUGUCAUCCCAGGAAAAAGGUCUUCUGAACGUCUCCUUUCUCGUAGGAGGAGUCAUAAGUUCCCUUUUCUGGGGAAUAUUCGCAGAUGCUUAUGGAAGAAGAUAUAUUCUCCUUCUGACUUUAUUAUGCGACAGCAUUUUGUCAAUUGCAGGAAGUUUCUCUCAAACCUUCACAGUGCUGUUGAUUUUUAGAGCUCUCAAUGGAUUCUUCAUUGGUGCUCCUGGUUCUCUAAUCUAUACAUAUCUCGGUGAAUUCCAUGCAGAGAAACAGAGAGUAAGAUCCAUUUGUUACGUUGGAUUCUUCUGGACUCUAUCAUGGUUAAUAUUACCAGGUUUGGCUUGGCUCAUUAUACCACUGCCAAUGUCCCUUCAAUUCAACGGCGUGUUGUAUAAUUCUUGGCGACUGUUCUUGGCUAUUAUUGGAAUACCAACGCUAAUGGUAACUCUGGUUGCGACUAGAUAUCCCGAGAGUCCGAAAUUUUUGGUCUCUCAGGGAAAAACGGAAGAAGCACUGGCUAUUUUGCGGAAGAUCUAUACGAUAAACACUGGUCAUCACGAAGAUGAAUAUCCUGUAAAAAUCUUGUUAUCCGAUGAUAGGCUGAAUAUUAACAACAGCAAGAGAUCUUUCUCUGCCUCCAGAGUAUUAAUGGAAUUACUGAAAAAUAUCUGGAAACAAAUGUGUUCGCUUGCAUCACCGCCACUAUUGAAAUACGCGGUUCUCUGUUGUACCAUUUUCUUCGCGAACAUGUUCGGGUACUAUGGUUUCGGCUUAUGGCUGCCAGAAUUGUUUAAUCGUUUCGAAAACUAUUACAAAUUACACCCGAAUGAAACUGUAAGCGUUUGCAAGCUAAUCCACGAGACCGAUCUUCAGUCCAGUUCAAUGUCCGCAAAAGACGUUUUAAUCGAUUCGACGACCGUCGUGAAUAAUAAUUGUUCACCUAGCAUGGAUGAGAUGGUUUUCAUCAAUUCGUUGACGAUCAACGCGUUUUGCUUACUGGGCAAUAUCGUGUCUGGCUAUCUGGCAAACCGUGUCGGUCGACGAACGAUACCAGUAACAACCAUGCUGUUGGCUGGAAUCUUCGGUUUCGCGAUUUACUUCGUUCAGUCAUCCUUGCAAAUUCUCAUGGUGAGCUGUAUGUUCUCGUUGACGAUAGUCACUGCGAAUUUCGUCAUUAGUAGCAUCGUCGUCGACAUAUUUCCGACGCACGUAGGCGCAGUUGCGAUUUGUAUGAUGACCUGUUUCGGUAGAAUCGGCGCGAUCGCCAGCAAUUUAGCCUUUGGAAUGUUGCUCGACAUCAGCUGCGAGGUACCGAUCUUCUUGGUCGGUGGUAUAGUCAUCUUGGGGGGAUUACUGGCUCUCGUCCUUCCAAAGAAGAAGAGUUGA